CUAUACUCUCGUACGGGUCGCAGCACUUUGCUUUGCUGUCUGUGCAGAUACAGGGCCUCCCCUGGCAUGGCACGACCAGAAGCGUCAAGGGUGAGAUACAAGGAGGAAUGAUCAUCUCUUCCAUCGUCACCCUCGUUUUCGUUUAUACGACUCGACUUGCCCAGCAUAACGUCAGUCCGUGCAGACGCGUCUGCGUCCUAUCCCGGCAACUGCCGGUGCACCGCAUCGAGAUCUGGGUACUUUUACUUCAAGGUAAGAUUGAUCAUCAGUGCGGCUGUUUUUGGUUCCCCAUCUCGCAUGACUACCGAACCGAGACGUGCACACGACGUGCCUUGGCUGCCUGCAUGCAGGUUUUUACGUACAAUCCCAGAAUACAUUAACAUCAAUUCCGGUGUACUCGUCGGCGGGAACUGCUUGCGUACUUGCGUAGCACGCGCAAGGAGUUUCACGAGGAUGACAUCUCAGAGACAUUACCGGGACAUUUUGGCAGUGGCAUGUAGAACUCCCUGGCGGUAGUCGUGGACACGAGAGGU